UGCGCCACAGUGCGCUCCGUGGGUCGGCAGCAUCGUCUCCAGCGGCAGCCACCUCCUCUUCCUCCUCAUCCUCCUCUUCAUCCUGCUACCCCGCCGCGCCUGAGAUCAAACCCGAACCCCCGGGAGGAGGCGCGCGCCCGGACCCUCGCCGAGACCCGGUGCGAGAUGUUCUGCGGCCGCCGGACGGAGUCGCCGGCCGACACCGACUGAGCUCCUGAAGACGGACCCGGUCCGCGGCCGACGCCCUCGCCUCCUUCGCUCGCUCCUCGCCCUCCGUCCCGUUCAUCAUGGCGUGUUUCCUGGUCUCCGCCUUCCUUCUGGUCCUCCAGACGCACGCCGCCCCGCCCGAGCUCGUCCUGGCGGGAUUCGGCGCCCCGGACCUCGAUGCCGGACGACCGCUCAUCGCCGCGCCGCCGCCGUCGUCUCCGCCCCCGGGGACGAGCAAAAGAGCCCCGCACAGCAUCAUCAUCGGGGUGCGCAAGGGCGGCACGCGGGCGCUGCUGGAGAUGCUGGACAUCCACCCGGAGGUCGCCGCCGCCGCCACCGAGGUGCACUUCUUCGACUGGGACGAGAACUACGCCAAGGGCUUCGAGUGGUACCGCGACCUGAUGCCGUACUCGCACCCGCGGCAGAUCACCGUGGAGAAGACGCCGGGCUACUUCACGUCGCCGCUGGCGCCCAAGCGCAUCUGCGCCAUGAACUCGUCCAUCAAGCUGCUGCUGAUCCUGCGCGACCCGGCGGAGCGCGUGGUGUCCGACUACACGCAGGUGUACUUCAACCGCCUGGAGAACCGCAAGCCGGUGCAGGCCAUCGAGAACCUGCUGGUGCGCAACGGCGCCCUGAACCUGCGCUACAAGGCCAUCCAGAGGAGCCUGUACGACGUGCACAUGCGCAACUGGCUGCGCUACUUCCCCCUGGAGCAGGUGCACAUCGUGGACGGGGACGCGCUGAUCCGAGACCCGCUGCCGGAGCUGCAGAAGGUGGAGCGCUUCCUCAACCUGCCCCCAAGGAUAGUGUCCUCCAACUUCUACUUCAACCAGACCAAAGGCUUCUUCUGCCUCCGGAGCGGCGGGCGGGAGCGCUGCCUGCACGAGUCCAAGGGCCGGCCGCACCCGGCCGUCAACGGCACCGUCCUGCAGCAGCUGCGCUCCUUCCUGCAGGAGCACAACCGGACCUUCUUCAGGCUGGUGAAGCGCACCUUUGACUGGCAAUGAGAGGCCCGGAUCGGACUCCAGGAACCCUGACUCUCUAACCCUUACCCUGGCCCUAAGCCUAACUCUCUAACCCCUGACUCUAAGCCUAAACCUGACCCUAAACCCCUAACCCGGAUCAGACUCC